AUGUUUUGGGCCUUGUUUCGGAGCUGGGCAAAGAUUAUACUGCAUCGCUGCGGUAAGAAGUGCUGCAUUGAGCCUCUGGGGCCUCACUGCGACACCAGGCUUUCCUCGCAAUCAAACUUGACUCCUGCACUGUCAUUCACCAGUUCUCAUUGCACGGUCAACAUGUUAAAAGAUUCUCCACCUAACCGAGCCGCGAUUCGAAGCGUGAUUUUCGCGCUACAGUCCUACGCGCCUUUCUGCGUCGGCUACGCAGUCUGGAGCCAUCUCGCACAACGCUAUCCUCUUCUCGGUCUUGGAUACGAAUGCUUUCUCUACAACAAACUUCUCUGGUACUUCUGCGCUCCGGAAGCCGCGUUUUACUUGUUCUUCGUCUUCUACCAGCAUUACAUUCAGCGCGAAGCAAUCCAUCCGCUUAUGCGCACGCAAGAUGAGAGAUUGGCGCUUUUCAAUAAAGUGCGCAGCGAGAUUUUGGAUCCGGGGAGUUUCCUCUCGGGCUGGUUCCGAGGGGCGGAUCCGAAAGAAAUUGGGCGCGAGGAGUUGAAGAGAUUUGUGGAUUGGGCGUUUUGGGAGGGAAGAGCGGGGCAGGGAGAGAAGAAUAGGGAUAAGAGGGAGAUUGAAGAGUAUAUUCGGAAAAUCGAGAUCAUGAUGCCUGAGCCGUUUCAAGAAGGGAAGGGCAAGAUGCAGAGUUUGAGAUUGACUCUUGAUCCCAUCAUUAUAGAGGCGAGGUCUUUGUUUUGGUAUGGACUUAUGGGUCUCGUGGAUACUAUAGCCUUGAUCUUGCUCACGGCGAAGGGAUUCGAGUUUUAUAGAAGAAGUGUCCUCGGCACGCUGGCUGUCUUCCCUCCACGACCGGCGGCAUUCUUCACGCGCCACGCUUCUUGUGCUCCCAAUUACAGCUAUUUCCAUCGCAAGCAUACAUCAAAGACGCGGCUUCCGAUUCUCUACAUUCAUGGGAUUGGGAUCGGUAUCUUGCCUUCUAUACGAUUUCUGUCGGAUUUGGAUCACGCUCUCAAUGAUGGUCGGCCAGAAGACGAUCAUGUUGGCAUCAUUGCGCCUGAGAUACUCCAGAUCUCCUCACGACUGACUACUGCCAUCCCAACUCGCAAGCAGUUCUUAUCCGAGCUGACGACGAUCCUCGACCACCACUUCGGGCCUGGCCGCUUCGUUCUCGCAGCACAUUCCUACGGCACCAUCUUAGCCACGCACAUGCUCAACGACACAACUCUAUCCCGCCGCAUCUCCGGCUGUCUCCUCGCCGACCCAAUCUCCAUGCUCCUCCACAUGCCCGACGUAGCCUACAACUUCACCAUCCGCCACCCGGUGCGCGCCAACGAAUGGAUGCUAUGGUACUUCGCAUCCAAAGACCCUCAGAUCGCACACACCAUCGGCCGUCACUUCUUCUGGAGCGAGAACAUUUUAUGGAGAGAUCAAAUCGAACAUUUGGUCGUCAAUCAUGGCAUGCGUCUCACGGCGUCCCUGGCUUCGGAGGAUUUGAUCGUGAAUGCGAAGGCUGUAAAAGCUUAUCUUACGGAGAAAGAGAUUCCGAAUCCCGUCGUGGUGGAGAAUGGGAAUGGUCAGAUGGAAAUGCAGUUGCACGAUACUCCGCUACGACGCUAUAUGCCUUGGAAAGGCAAAGGUGUUGAUGUCCUUUGGUUUGAGGGGUAUGAUCAUGCGGAAGUUUUCGAUGCGGGGGAGGAUCGGACGAUGCUAGUUAAUGUUUUAGUGGAAUAUGCGGAAUGGAUAGAUGAUAGAUGGGGUAACCAAGUACCAGCACUCUUUUCAGUAGCGACUGCGAGGUAUGUUGGGUGGAUGAAGGCGGUUCUUUGGUGCUGGGCUGAUGUUGAUAUAGGCUGGAAUCAUUAUACGGACAGAAUGCAACGCCCUCGUCGUCGCUGGACCGUUCCUGAAUGCCUUUUCAGCCCCUACUCCUGGUCCCUAUACAGCGUCUUCACACAUCGGAGUGGAAUUAUAUGCCUACGGUCCGCGGCGCUUAGUCAUCUGAAAUCCAGGAUUGAGGAAUGGAGCGCUUUCACUCCGAUGCGACCAGAGGCUGUAUGGUACCGAUGGUAUAGAGCCCGCCGGCUCUUAGGAUGGUAUAGCCUUAAUGUAAACGGUAAAGAGGCCAAUAAGCUCAGUGGCACAGUAUCCAGAAAGACAACAUUCGAACGGACCGUGCCCACCUAA